CAAUUGCAUAACCCCCCCAUACACACCCAGACAGACACGUCCUGCACUGCUCUGCCUGGGGACUAAGCCCUUCUUUCUUGGUGCGCGUGCUGUAAGAGGGCGCCGCAACUGCAUCUUACGCGACAGACAGGCAUCUCCCUGUACCGCUCGCAGACUCUUUGCAUACCUUCUCUUGGCUUCAUCAGGGUCGGCAGCCCCAUCUACGCUGCUUCGACAAGUGCGCCUUCCUUUGAAAUAGCUCUCAGUGAGUGUACAGCUCAGCAGUCUCAGCGUCAGUGCGACCUUCGUCAACAUAGCAACAUCAUGAACAGGCGCAAUUCACUACAAAGCUAUGCGUCGAGUGAGAAGACAAACAAGCGCCAAAGUAUAACGGCCAUGUACUCUGUUGUUGCAGCACAAGAGGACCAGGACGUGGAAGAUGAGCUGUCGCGAG